GACCGCGCCAAAGCUCAGACAGCGGACACACUCUUCAGGAUAACAACACGGCGCCGAGGCCCUUUAAACGCACUCCACUGUCGACGCGGCUACAGCGCACGUCGGGGUGUUCGGCGUUUGUUUUGUUUUUUAUUGCCAUCAUUUAAGAGGCUCGUUUUUUCGUCUGAGGUACUUGUGCCGAGACACAGGAGUCAGUUUUGAUGCCGGUUUUCGGGAAGCGGUGUACGACUCGACGGUCGUGACACGACUUUGACGGGCGCGGUGCGGCGGAGUUGGCGCACUGCUGGACUGGAUAUAUAUUACUCUCCUGCAGCCAAGACUGUCCGCGCCACCACUUAAAACCAGCGCCUGAAUUCAGCGUCUCCCUUUUUUUUUUUAUUUUUAUCACUAUAAUCUUCUGACUCUCAGCGGUUGAAUAGGGAUUCUUCUACACCCGGCUUUUCAGCUCGAAUAUGUUGCUGUCAAAGUUUGGUUCAUUUUCGCACAUUUGCAAUCCCUCAAGUAUGGACCAUCUACCAGUGAAAAUACAGCUCCAGCCAGUCAAAGUGGAGAAGGAGCCUUUCGAAAAGGUUUACCAAGUGGGCUCGGUGCUGGGGAGCGGAGGCUUUGGAACCGUGUACGCCGGCAGCCGGAUCUCUGAUGGCGCACCGGUCGCUGUGAAGCACGUUGCAAAGGAGAGGGUGACGGAGUGGGGCACAAUUAACGGAUCUAUGGUGCCUUUGGAGAUCCUGCUGCUGAAGAAGGUCAGCUCGUCUUUUCGCGGAGUUAUCAAAUUGCUGGACUAUUACGAGCGCGCUGACGGCUGGCUGAUCGUCAUGGAGAGGCCGGAGCUCGUCAAGGACCUGUUCGACUUCAUCACCGAGAAGGGCGCCCUGGACGAGGACACGGCCCGGGGCUUUUUCCGCCAGGUUUUGGAGGCGGUCAGACACUGCUACAGCUGCGGCGUAGUACACAGGGACAUCAAAGAUGAAAACCUGCUUGUGGAUCUACGCACCGGGGAGCUCAAGCUUAUUGACUUUGGCUCAGGGGCGAUUCUCAAGGACACGGUCUACACAGAUUUCGAUGGUACAAGAGUCUACAGCCCACCAGAGUGGAUCCGCUUCCAUAGAUACCAUGGUCGCUCGGCGACGGUUUGGUCGCUAGGCGUGCUGCUGUACGACAUGGUGUGUGGAGACAUCCCCUUCGAGCAGGACGAGGAGAUCCUCAGAGGGAGACUGUACUUCAGGAGGAGGAUCUCAGCUGAGUGCCAGCAGCUGAUCAAGUGGUGCCUGGCCCUGCGGCCCUCAGACCGGCCCACCCUGGAGCAGAUAUGCGACCACCCCUGGAUGAGAACGACGGCAGAAUCGCCCAAGUCACCGGAGGAGCCCGUGGCCGGCGACAUCCGCCUCAGGACCAUCGACACAGACUCUUCGUCAAGCACAAGCUCAAGCAAGGAGAGCCUCUGAGCGCGGCUCUGAUGGACUGAAAAGACUUUCUGAAGAAAGACGGGGUGGGGACGGAGGGAGUGAUGUGGACUUAAGGCCAGCAGCCUCGUAGCCCAACUGUUCUGUCAGCAAACCAGGGGCUUGACUCAGCUGGCCCGGCAAGAAAAAUGUACUUUAAUUUUCCUCUUUUGUAGGGAAUUUCUAAUUUAUUACUAUGUGUUCUUCUUUAUCUUAUUUCCCCAUCCCCUCUUUUCUUUCUCUUCAGUUGAUUAUACUCGUUUCCUAAUGGGGAACAUUUUACUGUUUGGGCGGUCUUACCAGCACUAUUUAUUUCUUCCCCCUCCCUUUUUUUUUAGUUUUUUUUUUUUGUUUUUUUUUUUAAGUUUAUCUUACUUGUUUUGUUACUAGGCUGGUAUACAUAUACAGCUGGCAAGGCCUUCCUAUUCAGACAUGGCUGCUCUCAUAGAGCUUGGAGAAAACCUUUUUAUUUAAAUGUUUUAAUUUUGAUUUUGGAGUGCCUUUUUUUGGAAAGCUGCUUUUCUGGGGGGCUUUCAUCAAACAGCUCUGUUUUUUGGAUUUUGCCCUUUUGGCGUGGCGGUCGGGUUGUCUGCGCCGUGAUGGGAGGGGCGCUGGGACUCUUCGGUUCCCCCUCUUCUCUCCAUCACUGCGAGCCAACCGGACCCCCACUCAAGAGGCUAAGUUAGAUAGGAGAGAAGGAGGUGGGGGCUCUUCUGACAAUGGAAUACUUGAAACACACUUGACUCAACUCUGUGUCGCUCUCUUUAACGCUGCUCACUCACUCUGUAGCCUGAACAGGUGUUUGGAAACUGGAUCCUGUCUUUUCUGAAUGUCUACAAAAUGUCACCACACACACACACCUCUCUCUUCCCCCCCCCCACCACCUUUAUCUCUUCCACCCAUGCCUGUUGCGGGGUUUCCAGCCCUCUCGUCUCUUCUUUUUGCCUCCCGCCAACUCACUGCUUGACACUACAUGGCCCCCACCCCCUGGCCUCCCUCAGGGUUUGGGGUGUGAAAUGCACAAUCAAUGCAAUAUUCAUGGACUCAAAUAUGUAUUUUUUUUUUUUUCAACAAAUAUUGUACAGCGUGUAUUUUUCUUUCUCUUUUUUUUUUUUUGUGUGUGUACAUUUUAUUUUCUCCCCACUUGCAUUUAAUUUAUUCGUAAACAUGUAGACAUUCCACACUCUGUGGUUAUUUAUUUAUUUAUUGUCUAUGCUAAAUCUCCCCGAAAAAUUUGCAUAUCCUACUCGGCCUUUGGUUUGCAUUCCUUAUAACUUAUUUUUACAUUUCGACUUUUUUUUUUCUUUUUUUUUUUGAGAUGUUGAGGAUGCACUGACGUAGUUGUCGAUGUAAAGCAGAAUAAAACGUUUACUUAAAUUUGAAAAAGAGCAUUUGAAUGUUAUUUAACUACUUUAAAAAAAAUGAUAUAUAUAUAAAUAUAUAAAGUUAAAAAAAAAAAAGUAUGUUGAAAUGGUUAAGUAUCGGAGAUCCGGUUUCUGUACUGUCGAGAUUAAUUUGAGUUCUAUGGAAAGCUAAACAAUAGGUGCAACAGCUUUCAUGGUUGUCACAUAGCCCCCUCGUCAUUGGAGACCUUUCAGUUUAGCUGUGUGACUUGUGGCUGUGAAGGAUGGAUAUUGCUAUUUUUUGAUACAAAAGUUUCAAUUAAACACCCGUUUUUAUGUACAGAAA